AGCGGCAGAAGGCAGAGACGCGAGUGCGCACGCGCGGCGGGGGCGGGAGAGGAGCGGGAGAGGAGGCGCGCGCCUUGGGCGGAGAGCGCCAUUUCCCUGGCGAGGCCGGCGGCUGUGCUAGGAAUAGAAUAAUACUCCGAAUUCAGACUGAGAAGAAAACAGAGACCAACAAUGAGUCACAAGGGCAGAUAUUAUAUCUCAGAGACUCAGCAGCAUAGUUACCAUAGCUUCUCUAAUCUGGAGAUGGAAGACAACUAUGUUGAUCCUUCAGAUCCUGAUAAACUAAUGCAGUGUCCAUAUGACAAGAAUCAUAAAAUCAGGGCAUGUAGGUUCCCCUACCACCUUGUCAAGUGUCGUAAGAACCAUCCUGAUAAAGUGCAGCAGCUGGUCACAUGCCCAUUUAAUGCCCGUCAUCAGGUGCCCAGAGAAGAGAUCAGUCAACACAUAUCAAGCUGUGAUGACAAAAGGUGCAUUGAGCAAGACAUUGCAAUCCAUGGGGAUAGCCGCAGAAGAGAGGUUAGUGUGGUAAGCUCCUGGCAAUCUCCUCCAUGCGAAGAAGACUGGGACAGAGACGUAGCAGGCCAAUCGAACUCUGUCUUCAUUUGGGGCACAAGCCACCAUGGUGAGGCAAGCAGUUCUGGAUCAAGUCCAGCCGUGGGACUUAAGAACCAGCUAGCUUCAGGACUACGAGCUCCAAGGUCCCUGCCACAUGUACUACCAUGGAAGAACAAUGCUGCAAAUUGAGGACUGUGGCAGAAGCUGACCCUUCCAAUGACUUAUCACGAAUUUUGGCAAAUACACAAUUUGGCAACUGAUAGUUCCUUCAGUCAGGGUUACUUCAAUAAAAGGGGCAUGUUUAGUUGCUGAAUAAAAAUUAGAGGUUUAUUUGGAGAAUUUAAACAUUCAUCCCAAACAGUUGCGUUGUCAAGUUUAAGCCCCAAAAUACUUCCCAGCUACCUUUGUAGAUUUUUUUUUCUGUUGGCAUGGUAAUUCUAGAUCCUGAGGAAAUGGUUACUUUGAUUUCUGUUAAAUUUAGUUAAAUUAAAUAGUUAAAAAUAGUUAAAUUUA